UUAAAAGAAAAAUUAAACUAUUUUUUUAUAUUUGUUUCUUUUUCACUAUUUUGUUUAUAUCUCACUAUGUCAAGUAUGCCGUUGGUGAAUCAAAUUGAACCGUUCAUUCCCGGAACGAUUCCGUUUGCGCAGUUUCUGGAGCAACUGGAUUGGGUGUUUGCGCAUCAUAAAGUGACCAGUGAGGAAGAUCAAAAAGUGUCGUUUUUGGCUUCUUGCAGUAGAGAAGUGUACAGUGAGCUGAAGCUUCUUUUUCCCGAAAGGGAUUUAAAGACCGUGUCUUUCAAGGAAAUUACGGGCGCUCUCAGGAAGCGGUAUGAUAAAACGGAAAGUGAUUUGAUUCAACGUUACAAGUUUUACCAACGUGUCCAAGGUCCGAGUGAGAGCGCGGAAGAUUUUUUACUCGCUGUCAAACUCCAGGCAGAGAUGUGUCAUUUCGAAGAGUUUAAGGACAUGGCGAUUCGCGAUAAAUUGGUUUGCGGUAUUAGCGACAAGGACUUGCAGCAGCGUUUAUUCGAUGAAGAGGAUUUAACGCUGGCUAAAGCGGAGAAACUCACUGUAAACAGAGAAUUAGCAGGAGCGAGAGCUAAACUGAUCUCUGGCGAUUCCAAUCGUGUAAGCGUUUUGAACAGAUUAGGAAGGCGUGACAGCUUCGAAGUUUCCCGAGAUCGCUCACGGGGAAGAAGUCGAGAGCCGGCUAGAAAGAGAAGCAGAAGCUGUUCUGAUUCAUUUGGUCGCAGGAACCGUUCUUCACCCAGGACAAAGACUUUGUUUUGCAACUUCUGUCGUAGAAAAGGUCACACGCGUCGUUUUUGUUAUGACUUGAAGAACAAGAGUAAGACGGUCAAGUUUGUCGAUUCUCCUGCAGAAAAGCCCAAGAUGACUGAGUAUCAGAAAAGUUUGAGACGUCGUUUAAACAGAUCUGUUUCGGAUGACGAGAUGGAUUGUAUGCUAAUCCCAUCGAUCAACAGAAUUAACGAACCAUGUUUUCGCAAUGUUUAUGUUGACGGUUUGAGGUUGAAAAUGGAAGUUGAUUGUGGCGCUGCAGUUUCCGUAAUUAGUUUGGAGAUGUACGAGGGAGAUUUCGAUCAUAUUCCGCUACAAAGAUGCGACAAGAAGUUAGCAGUGAUCAAUGGAAGCCGUUUGAAGGUUGAAGGACAGAUUGAGGUUAAGGUCGAGCUGAAUGGACGCACAAAGACUGUUGACCUAAUUGUUUUGCGAAACGGCAGUGGUUUCACUCCAUUACUGGGACGAGAUUGGUUGGAUGUGUUUGUUCCAGAUUGGAGGAAGGCUUUCGGAAACAAUAUUAAUCAACUAUCGGUUUCAGCAGAUCAGAUCGUUGCAGAGAUACAAAGUUUCCGUUGGAGGUCGGGUGUACUUGGCGCACCGCAAUCAGCUUAAAUUAUUUGGCACUCGCAAGAAGAGCCGAGCUUUAAUUUUUGCGAGCAGCCCAACACGAAAAAGAAGGGGGGAGGAUGAUCAGCAAGAGGACAUUGACGACGAAGCUAGCGAUUUUUAUGGUUUCGCAGCAGAUUCAUUCAUUUAUAGAGGUUCACCUAACGAUCAACCAAUGGUUUGUGAUUCGGACGAUGGUGAUUCGGAGAGAAAUAGUUUACCACCUGGCAACAGGGUAGUGGACCCCCAGGAAGGCACGUCUGCGCUACAGUGUACGAAUCCAUCAGCGAGUUUAAGCCGUGAACCUAUUUGUUUGCGUCGUUCGAAUAGGACGAAGCGUCGUCUAGAAGAUCCUGAUUUCGUUUACUUCAAUAAAAAAAGAAAAUAUUAGUUUUGCGGCAGUAAAGUUUUGUCGUUUUCUGAAUCGUAACGGUAGUUAAGUUUUUCCGUGAAUUAAAUUAUAUAUAUGGCAGUGAAGUUUCGCCAUUAUCGAUGUACAAUAAUUUGGACUAAAGGGGGAAGAACUGUGGUGACCACCCAGUACUACAACCCUGUCUGAACAGCUGGCUGGUUCAGCUUUCAGAGAUAAAGAAUUGAAUAGACAGUUUUACAUCGACUAUCGUACUGUGUACACCUUGCAGUUUUUAUUAAAAUUAUAAAAUUUUUUUGAAUGUGUACUGUUUAAAUUGUAAAAUUUUUCCUAUCAAUUGUGCAACCGUUGCGAAAAUGGAUUAAGAACUUAUAAAUUUUGCGCAUAUUUCUAAAAAACCUAAAUCUCUUUCGCCGUUCCAUUAAUAAGUAGCUAGGAAUGAUCUAAUAUACGAUAAGUCUUGUUUCGAAUAGGUACAACGGAUUGUGACCGGCGAUAAGAAGAAAAAAAGUGCAAAAAUGGAUCACCGUUUAAUAUGAAGGAAUCCCAAGACGUCGUGAAAAAACUUCAUUUAGGCAAAAGAUUUGUGCAAGAUGCAAUACACGAAAGACUACACACGUAUAAAAUUCACAGACGCUCUAUAUUCAUCUAUCCGCGAAACCGCAUUGUCUCGUCAUGACUUACGAAACUUAUGUGAAAGCGGUUUUCCAGCAAUGUGCUGCGCUUCUUUUCUUCUCUGCACGUUAUAAGUUCAACAUCUCUGAAGGAGUUAGAAGGUAGAUAUCAAAAUUUGUCAAAAACUACAUGAUUUGGCAAGCAAUUUGAUCGUGCGGAAAGAGACAUUCAAGUGUAUAAGAAUACCUCUAAAAGCGUCUACUUUCACCUCUGAGGUCUCACAAUAACCCUCCGCUAGCCGGACUCAGUCUGGUACCUUUUAGGAGAUCAAUUUCGUGCCAAAGGAUCGUAAUCCUCUGAACGCAUCAGAAUUGCAACCAAUAGAGCCAUACCGAAGCAUCAUGAAGCAGGUACUCUGGAAGCAUCCUAAGGCAGUGAAACCGGUAGAAGAAAUGAGGAAAUAAUGGAUACUAACACAAAGACAAGUUGGUUCAAAUGUUGAAAAAGAACUUAUGAGCAGUUUUAAGAGAAAGGAUCGUGGAUUUGGAUAUGGCUAUAAAAUUGAAUAAAACGAACACGGAAAAGUUUAAUAAAUUGUUUUGUUUUAUUGCCUAAAAGUUUGAUAACGAUCGGUUGAACGGGUGAAUUUUGAAGAACCUUUCUUCGUGAUGCAAUUAGAUUCCGUACUCCCUUUAGUCGGCUUUGCAGAUGGUGUUGAAGAUAACUGGCGAGACUCUGGAGGACAUGGAGAUGUAGGAAACAGAUACCUAUCGUUGAAACCUGGAUGACUGAUGACAAAUUGCAGUUAACUCAUCACAAGACGGAGGUAAUGCUGGUCAGCAAUCAUAAAAAAAUCCAGCAUGUCGUAAUCAGCGUCAUUACCAUCGAUGCAUGCACAGAAGCCCUUGGGUGUUAUGCUCGACGAUAGGUUAAAUUAUAACAGCCAUUUCGAGUACGUGUGUUAGAAAAAGGGCGACAAUAACUAAUGUAACGACAAAGAUCGUACCGAACGUCGGAAGUGCAAGAUGUAGUAAGAGAAUAGGGCGUUCCAGCUUGAACUGCUGCGCUGAGCUCAAAGCGGAACCAGGCCAUGCUUGCGAGCAUGUAUAUCCUAAGAGCUAUUAGCAUCGUGGGCGGUGGAACAAAAAAUCGGGUUCGGGAGAAACACUCCAUCGGAGUAGAUUAGACGGUUUUUUCAUGGGAAGAUAGUUUUUUGCAAUUUUUUGAUAUUUUAAUAAUUGAACAUUAAUGUAUUGUUAUCCAUACAUUUCGUUUGUUUACGAGAAUUAUUGUCAUGAAGUUUAGCUUGAAUCUGACAAUUCUGAUGUCUUCCUCUAUUUAAUCAUUGUCUGAUCGUUGAUCUCACAUUUAUUUACAAAUUUUGUACAUACCGUCGUGCGGAGCUACUUUCGAUAUGUGGGGCUACUUUGCACACUUUAGUUUUUCAAUACAUAUUUACUAACAGACGCAUUAUAUUAUAUUUAUUAGUUUUAUUAUACCUUUGCCAUUUGUAGAGCCAUGUCUUUUAAACAUGUUGCAUAUGCCUUUUGUCAUUUUUCUUAACACUGUUUACCAAAACAAACAGAACACUUCAAGGGUCGAUAAAAGUGAUUGGAGGCUCGUAAAAUAAGACUACUCAACAAAACAGAAAAUCUUAAGUGUACCGAGACCACAUACUGUUUUU